GAUCAGGUUGGAGGUCCACUCUGGUUGUAUUUUCCAUCAGAGGAGGCAGCAGGAUCGACUGCAGAAAGGAGGAAAUGACUUCCUCCACUUCGUUCUCCAGGUUUUCUCUGGCUGCCUCGGUGACGAAUGGCUGCCCUCAGAGAAAAUUAGCUCAAUUCUCCUCUCACACUCCCAAAAAAAAUUGAAAAAAGACGACUCAACAACUGUUAGCAUCACAGAGUUUGGAGACGCGCCGACGAAUCUAAACACAAAUUGAAGAGAAAGAAUGAAGAGGAAGGCGGUGUGAUGCUGCUUCCAGUGAAGCGAUGAAGGUUGGGAGGGCAUGGAGGCGAUGACCAGCCUGAAAAGAGAAAGAGCAUCACUGCGGUUUGUUUACUGCUAAAUGUCACUACUAUGAAUCUUUCUUCUUCUACGGAUAUCCUGACCAAUGGCUGCUUUUUGAGCAUUUCCAGACCGACUGUCACCAAACUUGACGUUCAGCCAAAGGACCCAGACCUCAUGAUCUAUGGGUUGUUGGCAAGAGUCAAUGGUGCAUCUGCAAAUGAAGCGGCAGAGCGGUUUGUGCAGCUGGGGAAGCUUUUGUCCUCUGUUGGAGUGCGACCAUAAUGGUUCCCACUGAGAACACAAGUGUUUUCUCGCCAGAUGACUUCUGCCCCAACUGCAGCUCGUCUGCCCAGUCCGAGGUGCAUGUGGCGAAGGCGGUGGCGUUGGGGGCGGUGCUGGUGGUGUUUCUGUUGUUUGGCGUCCUCGGUAACAUCCUGGUCAUCCUGUCCGUGCUGCUCCAUCACCAGUGGCGAUCCGUGACGCAUUAUUUCAUCGCCAACCUGGCAGCGGCGGACCUCUUGUUGAGUUCGGCCGUGCUGCCGUUCUCGGCCAUCUCGGAGGCGCUGGGCCAGUGGGUGUUCGGACGCUCCUUCUGCAACGUCUGGGCCGCCCUGGACGUCCUCUGCUGCACCGCCUCCAUCCUCAGCCUCUGUGUGAUUUCCAUCGACCGCUACCUGGCGGUGAGCUACCCCCUGCGCUACCCGGCGAUCGCCACCGGACGGCGCGGCCUGACGGCGGUGGCGGCCCUCUGGGGAGUCUCCGCCGCCAUAUCGGUGGGCCCGCUGUUCGGCUGGAAGGAGCCCGACCCGGAAGACGAAACAGAGUGCCGAAUCACGCAGGAACCUGGAUACGCCUUGUUUUCCGCGUUGGGGUCUUUCUACAUACCCCUGGCCAUCAUCCUGGCCAUGUACUGCCAAGUCUACACCGUGGCGAGACGAGAAACCAAAAGCAUCAGGGAGAGCACAAAGGGAGAGGAGGUGGAAAUGGGCGGAGUCACACUGAGGAUGCACAGGGGGAACGCGGCGGCUCAGGCGGGGAAACACGAAGACGGCGAGGAGUCGAGGACGCACAAGCGGCCAUCGUUUCCUCUGCCGAAGCUGCUGAGGUUCUCAGGGGAAGAAAAGGCGGCCAGGACGCUGGGCAUUGUGGUCGGCUGCUUCAUCCUGUGCUGGCUCCCCUUUUUUCUGGUUUUACCAAUUGGCUCCAUCUUCCCAUCCUGUAAGCCUCCUGAAACCAUCUUCAAGAUAACCUUCUGGCUGGGUUACCUCAACAGCUGCAUCAACCCCAUCAUCUACCCGUGYUUYAGCCGGGAGUUCAAAAAAGCUUUCCACAACAUGCUGAGAGGGCGCUGCGUAAGAACCGCUGUCCCUGUUACCAAGCAAGGACACAUCGCCGCUUAUUCCUCCAGCCCAGGUCCGACAUCCAAAGCAUCCUUUAGCUCUGUCCAAAACCACACCGCCGCUUCUUCUUCUUCAUGGGCUUGCUGCAGGACACUGUCAAUGUCAUCAUCGUCURUUGGUGGUCAAGACCAGGAUCGGGUUGGACACGUUCAGGGGAAAGGUCUGUUAAAGGCCUGGUGCCUUUCAGCCCGGCGAACCUCGGUACCUCAGAACCCAUCCACAAACGGGUCAGCUAAAGUCUUACGCCUCUCUCUUGGCAUUUCCGGCGACGCCGUUUAAUUGGCUUCUCGGAGUUCGGGACAUUCGGUCUUGUUAUCCAGCCUCCUUGGAGGAACAAUUAUCUACAACUCUGUCAUCAAACGCGAGAUAAAAAUGACUGCAGAUAGAGAAACAUGCAUGCUCAGCAGGAAACUUCUGGACCGGUUCUGCUGUUGGACUGAGCCAAGCCUCAACACAAAGAUAAACGGCAUUUCCUCGAGUGCUUGCCAAGGAUUAAAAGAGAUGCAAGCAAUCUGCUAAAAAAGAAACUGCAAAGCAACAAUGGGAUGUGAUUGAUCCAAACAUUCUGUAGUUUGCACCAAARGGAACAACUGUAGGGAUAAUUACUACGAAGGAAGCUGGUGUCGGACUGAAGCCUUUUAAACGACAAUGUCACAACAGAAAUUUGUGGUGCCUUGUUUUCUUCACACUCAUUUGUCAGGCUAUUGCCAACAUGUUUGGUUUUUGAAAUUUAAUGUGACAGAACAUCAUGGAGUAAAAAUCCAGCUGUACUUUGAUAAUGUCAGAGGWUUGAGAGAGAAUAUUAGUGAACUUUAGCGCCAAAAUUCAGACUACUGUGCACCCAAAGGUGGCUAUUCCUUGUCACACGAGAUUAUAUCSAGUCUAUAUUAUUGAGUCUAUAUUAUUAUAAUAUUACUGAUCUGAAUAAUGAUAAACAAUSGUACUGGUAUGUAUGGUGGUCGUUAGCCUCUCCAAGCUAACUUGGCGGUCAAGACCCGGAUUUGGUAAUAACUAGAAAUGUGCCGAUCAGGUUUUUUCCUGCCGAUACCGAUACCGAUCACC